GCUAAUCGAGUUUUCCUCAUCAACAAUUUUGCAUAUAAAUACUUGACGUACCUAAACCAUCGCUUUCACCGCAGAUUUUAAGCAGAAUCGAUCUCACAUCACAAUUCAGUACGAAGCAAUGGCGAAGGAACCACUACGAGUUCUCGUCACCGGCGCCGCAGGACAAAUUGGAUAUGCUUUAGUGCCUAUGGUUGCUCGUGGAGCUAUGUUGGGACCUGAUCAGCCUGUGAUUCUCCACAUGCUCGAUAUUGCGCCUGCAGCUGAGGCGCUCAAUGGCGUCAAAAUGGAAUUGGUCGAUGCAGCAUUCCCUCUCCUUAAAGGCGUUGUAGCCACCACCGAUGUAGUUGAAGCUUGCACCGGUGUCAAUGUUGCUGUCAUGGUUGGUGGCUUCCCAAGGAAAGAGGGCAUGGAGAGGAAAGAUGUGAUGUCAAAGAAUGUGUCCAUCUACAAGUCUCAAGCCUCUGCUCUUGAAAAGCAUGCUGCACCUAACUGCAAGGUUCUGGUUGUUGCUAAUCCUGCCAAUACGAACGCGUUGAUUCUUAAGGAAUUUGCUCCAUCAAUUCCUCAGAAGAACAUUACUUGCUUGACUAGAUUGGACCACAACAGGGCCCUCGGACAGGUUUCAGAGAGAUUGAAGGUGCAAGUAGCAGAUGUCAAGAAUGUGAUCAUUUGGGGGAAUCACUCCUCAACACAGUAUCCCGAUGUCAACCAUGCAUCCGUCAAGACUUCAUCCGGAGCAAAGCCUGUGCGCGAGCUCGUUGCCAAUGAUGAAUGGCUGAAAGGGGAGUUCAUUACAACUGUGCAGCAGCGCGGGGCUGCUAUAAUCAAAGCUAGAAAGUUUUCUAGUGCGCUAUCUGCUGCGAGUUCUGCUUGUGAUCAUAUCCGCGACUGGGUCCUUGGCACUCCGGAGGGUGAUUGGGUUUCAAUGGGUGUAUACUCUGAUGGAUCAUACAAUGUCCCAGCUGGUCUCAUCCAUUCAUUUCCAGUUACCUGCAAGAAUGGAGAGUGGUCAAUUGUUCAAGGUCUGUCGAUUGAUGAGUUUUCGCGGAAGAAGUUGGAUGCAACUGCUCAAGAACUGAGUGAGGAGAAAUCGUUGGCGUAUUCUUGCCUUCAAUAGUUUUGAUAUAGUUGCAGCAUUAAUAAUGGCAUUUGCCUCUUCUAUAAUGAUAUUCGUUUUCAUAACUUCCAUAAAAAGAAAUUGCGUACAUUUUAUAGUAGCAGUAUUAAUUAUUUUGUGCA